UGAAGCCUAUAGGAGUACGUCCUUCGUAAAUUGAAGUUCACCAAAGUACAGUACUAAGAGUCUUGAAUAUUUCAUGUCAAGCAACAAGUUUAUUGAUCGCAUUUAAGGGCCUAUCAGACACAGAUUUGAGAUGAGACUCUCCUCUCUUGGAGGACUUUAGGUGGAUGAAAAUAAACUAGAUACCAGACUACUCGCUGCGUUGCCCCUCAAGGUCAAUGAGAACCAUGAUGGUUACAGGAGCGAUGAGAAUGCGAAUGCCGGGAGGAAUGUGCCAACUGGGGAUGAGAUUAGCAAUAACCAUCCAGACUGUCCGAGAACUCCCUCUUCGAUAUCCGAUUAAGGACUUCCAAAAAGUAUAAGAAGGCCAAUGUCUGCCUUCAGAAAAUUGAAAUUCAAGCACUUCUCAUUCCAUACAGAAUAGCAAGUCUGCCACAUCCAAAAGAAAGCAUCCAACCUCUUCCACUUUUCACAGGUUCACAUUUUCCAAAAUGAAAUUCACUCCUAUCACUUCGGUUGCCCUCAUGGCCCUCACUCUUGUCAAUCCUGGCUCCGCCAGCAUCGGAAAGGCCGCCAGUUUGGCUUGCGAUCUCUUCUGCGACGGAAUUGCCUCGCUAUUCAUCGAAAUUUUCACCAAGCGUGAUCUGAACGGCAACCUGGUACCAAUGGAAGAGCGCUCUUAUAUCAAGGGCAAGCGCCAGUCUACCCCUGGUGUUCCGCAAGAAGAGUUUGAGCGCUGCCAUAAUGAUUUGGCGGGCCUGACUGUCACGGUCACAAGCCCCGCUGCUGGACAGGUUCAAUUCGAUGACGUGCCUGCAAGCUGCAUGAACCUUGCUACAGUGCUCGUCGGAGACCCAGUUGAGGGACCAUACGUUCAGCCAUGUGGCUCAGCAUGCCUCUCCUACUACGAUCUCACAGAGCAGCAAUUCAACGAUCUUGUUGCUGCGCUCCAAGCCAUCUAGAUCAAUUCAUUGGCAGCAUAAUCUGUUGGGAGAUGAGAGGAGAAGGAAUGGGAAGUGCUCGAGGGAGGAAAUUGGGCGGAGCAGGCUUUGGAGCAGAUUGGGGUUGCAACAUUGUUAUUAGUUUCCAAGC